UGCUAAUAAUCUUUCGCAGCGCAGCAAAGAUGGCCAAAUUAAUUUUACUUCUUUGUAUUGGAGUCGUGCAAUUUUUAGGAGCUUACAGUUUUGUGCGAGACAAGUAUUUGGUAUCGAUCCAAGCCCUGGAUACGUCAAGAAAUGCUUACAAUCACAUAUGCAGCGGAGCCAUCGUAGCCGAUAAUUUCAUCGUGACAUCGGCCUCUUGUUUCCGCAAAACUGCCAACUCGGCACCGAUCGAAUUCGACAGGGGUAAAGUACGCGUAAUUGCAGGUACCCAAUCGCUUGACGAGGAAAACGGAAUUAUUCGCAACGUGAAGACGGUCUAUUUGAGUAAAACCUUGACAUCGGACCAUUACGACGGUGACUUGGCUGUUGUGAGGCUCGACAAAAAGCUCAACCAGGCCGAUCCGCGCAUCAAAGUGGUCCAAUUGCCGGAUCACGAUAGGGUCGAUCACCACGACAAAAGCACCAAGCUCAGCGGUUUCAGAUCCUGGGUCCGCAUCAAUGUGCUGCUCUCGCUGCAAGUUUGUCAUCCGGACGAUUCGAAUCGUAUGCUACUGUGCGCAAAGGCGCUUUAUGACACGUCAACGAAUUACAAUAUUAUAGAGGCAUUGAGCCAGGAAGAUAUUGGCGGCCCUGUAGUUCAAUCGGGUAAACUCAUCGGCGUUUUGACAGACAAGAAGGCCUUCAACCAACACGCUAGCAGGAUACGUUUUACCAAAGUUCACUUCCUUCAUGAUUUCAUCAAGAAAGCCAUGAAUAGCGAACUAGACGGUGGCUUUAUUAAUUUCUUAUGCAAAUUUACCAAAUUGUCAGCCGUUUGUCAAAGACAUUGAUGUAAUUAAUGAAAUAAUAACAAUGUAUAAGAGACAAA